GAUAUUCCAUCUAAAUACACUUGCCCAGCGUUUGUCGCUCGGUAGUACGCACCCGCCACCGCAAGUAUUUCCACAAUUUACAAUCCAUUCAUACGCACCUACUGCUUACGUAGUUCUUCUCUCUCAAUACGCGCACGUAGAACUUCUACCAAACUCACACGCACACACACUCAUACACAGAUACAAUGUCGUCGAGUUCAACUGGUGCCAAGCAAGGCGGCGGCCGCCGUCAACAACGCCGCCAGCAACCCCCCACACCUCAGCCCGAAGAAGAUGAGGAGCAAGACGACUAUUCGGAUGAAGACGAGGAGGAGAGCGCCGAGGAAGAAUACGUGCCCCCACCACCACAGCGUCGCCGCCGUGGCCAGCAAACAAAACAAAAACAAAAGGGCGGCAAGCAGGGCGGAGGCGGUCCCCUAGGAGGACUCGGCGGCGGUGGACUUGGCGGCGUCAAGGAUAUGCUGCCCGUUGAUAAUAUAGGCCAGACGGCGGGCGGCCUGGUCAACGGCGCCACGGGCGCCCUAGGCGGUGUCGCCGGUGGUGUGGUGCAGCAGCAGGGCGGCGGAGGUGGUGGCGGAAGCGAUACGUUGCGGCUGCGGUUAGACCUUAACCUCGAGGUUGAGGUCACGCUGAAGGCACGUAUCCACGGUGACUUGGAGUUAUCACUGCUAUCGAUGUAAUUACAUUUCUGCCUCGUUUUUGUCCAUCAUUCUACUGGCUGAUACGAGCUACGCGUGGAAACGGUGUUUUGUUACACAUUCAUCAUCGAAAGAGCUUGAAGGUUUAAUACAUGGUUUACCCCGUUCA